UCCCACCUGCGGGGCGUUCUGUGUGCCUAGCACCCUGGAACUUUACACAGGGUUCCUCUCCCCUCUCCCAGCCCCCCUCUGCUAGGUACAUUGCCUGGUGGGGGGCUAGAGGAAAUGAAUCUGCUCCUUGGAUGAACACCUCACAGCACUGGCAGCAAACCUGCAGAGACAUGGCAUCAUGGCUCUGGAGAAAGCUUCUCAGCAAGAAGCAGUCGGUGGUGGCUUUCUGUCUUGCGAUGACUCUGUAUGUCAUGGCCGUCACCCACUUUCCCACCGAUCCUCCAGCCUCUGGCACUGAUAGUGAUUCCAGAAAGCCCGACGAGGAAUCGGACACUCCUGACCCCUGCCUUGUUCAGGUUCUGAGCGCUAGCCGGAGGCAGCAUAUAAGAAGAAACCUUGGGUCCCGGAGAGGCCGGACUUUGCCUAGAGAUUCCGUCCUGCUUUGUUCCAAGAAGCCAGGGAGAGCGGACACGCGCCAACGGUCCCUGGGCGGGGACACCAAGCAUCCAGGGAGAGCCAAGAGAGACCUGAGACUCAGGGUCCACCAUCUUGGGCUCCUGAAGGAGGUCAGAGAGCCAGGCUAUGGUGGCUCCAGCCGGGUGAUGGCCACGGGUGACCUGGUCACCCGUGAUCAGGAAGGAAGUGACCAGCCAGCCCCCCACGUUGGACAGAUCUCCGGGCCUCUUGCAUCGGAAGGCAAGGAGAGAGUCUACACUGCUCGGGGCCCCCAGCAAUGGCCUGCUUCUUUUGGGGACCUCCAGACUUCUGAGUGGUGUGAGGCUGAGAGUUCUGGCCUAUGGGCCAGCCCAGGGCCUGGGGGGGCCCUCCCCCCAUGGUUCAGCCAGGAGGACUCCAACACGCUCCAGCUCUUGUCCCAUGGGGAGCUGGUGGACAAAGCCAGAGUCCCCGCCCACGGGCAGGUGCUCCAGGUGGGCCUCUGGCUGCCAGGAGCCUAUCAGGACACACCUCCCCGCGUGCUCAGCCAAUGGUGUUCUUCAGGGCUCUGUGGGCUGAUCAAAAGGCCGGGGGACCUGCUGGAGGUGCUGGCCUUCCACGUGGACCGAGUCCUGGGCCUGCGCCGGAGCCUGCCCGCCGUGGCCCGCCGCUUCCACAGCCCCCUCCUGCCCUACCGCUACACGGACGGCCAGGCCAGGCCGCUCAUCUGGUGGGCGUCCGAUGUCCUGCAUUUGGGUGACCCAGAUGAAGAUCAGAACUCGCUGGCCUUGGGCUGGCUGCAGUACCAGGCGCUGCUGGCCCACGGCUGCCAUGGGGCAGGCCGGCCCCCCUGCCUGGGCAUUCGCCGGACCGAAUGGGCCCGCCUCGCCCUCUUUGACUUCCUGUUACAGGUUCAUGACCGCCUGGAUCGUUACUGCUGUGGCUUCGAACCUGAGCCAACAGAGCCCUGUGUAGAAGAGAGGCUCCGAGAAAAAUGUCGGAACCCUGCUGAACUGCAGCUGGUCCACAUCCUGGUUCGCAGUAGUGAUCCAUCUCAUCUAGUCUACAUCGACAAUGCCGGCAAUCUCCAACAACCAGAGGACAAGCUCAACUUCCGGCUGCUGGAGGGCAUAGAUGGGUUUCCUGCGUCUGCAGUGAAGGUUCUAGAAUCUGGGUGUCUAGAGAAUCUGCUACUCAAGUCCUUGAGGAUGGAUCCAGUGUUCUGGGAGAGCCAAGGCGGGGCCCCGGGGCUGAAACAGGUCCUGCAGACCCUGAGUCGGAGGGGCCACAUCUUACUGGCGCACAUCCGGAAGUACAACCUCACUCUCUUUGGGGAUGAGGACCCACCACGCGGGUGGACACCUGACACAUCACUCUGAGCCUCCACACACAUUUCUAUGAGGUCCUCCCACGGCUCAUGAGGACCAACAGGAAAAGCCAGAAGCCUUGUGGGUUCCAGCUUGGUUGGCUGUUAACUCCAGGGCACCAAGAACUCUCUUCAAGAAUGUUCUGUG